GCCAAUCUGAGUUUUUCGAUUUUAUGAGGGACAUUGACCGAAAUAAGGAAAUUACAGUCGAUGAUAAGCCUAUCGAUAUUUCUGAUUUGAAUUUGAAGCACUUUGAGACUGAAUACUACAACGGCCAACAGCAGCAGCAUAUCGACGCAGCCAACCAGACGAUACAGCAACAACAGCCAAGUUAUUUACCUACAAUAGACAACUACUACAACCCUCAGUAUACCCAGCCUUCGGAGCAGGAUGAUAUUGAUCUACUUCUCACACCUUUCUUAUCUCCUGCACAAACACCUCAAUCAGCUUUCUCGCAGCCAAGACCGACUCCAUCAUUGACUGACGAUAGCGCUAGUAUCACACAGGCAGAAUUUUUCAGUCCACUCACUUCACCAGCCCUACAUCCAGUUGUUCCAGAAUAUUAUUCACCUCGUUUGGGUCCUCAAUUGAGCAGCUCCGCGACGAAUUCGCCGAACACAUUCCAAAGGCCGGGCUCACACGCAAGCAGGAGAGGCGCCACAGCAGAGGCUAAAGCAAACAAGGUGAGGCCUUCACCUGUUAUGAAACCCGUUUCGUCAAAGUUGAGAAAAAGUUCGAUAAAACAGGACGAUAAUGCGGCUGGUUCGUCUGAUAAUUCACUUUCACCGAUUAACUUGGAUUUGGAUACAGCUGCUAUGCCGCCACCACCGCCUCCUGCAGCCUCAACGUCGCAACAAUCAGCUGAUUUAGCGCCGAUCACACCAGCUACUUUGAUGAAUCUCAACAACAAUAAUAGUACAACUUCAUCAUCGAUGUCUGUAAACUCCAGUGGUACUGCUACACCAUCAAAUUUCAAUGAGAACUACGUACAAGCGAGUCCUUCAUUGACACCAAUCAUACCUGGUAUGAAUAUGACUCCAAGGGAUUUCGCUAGUAUGUCUCUACAAAAUGAUGCAAACUAUGCCAACAUUUUGACUGGAAGAAGUACGAAUCCAAAGCACAUAGAAUUAGCGCAAUCGGAGAUCCAAGAUAACGGUAGCAAAAGGAUGUCACACAAGCUCGCAGAGCAGAGGAGGAGAGAUUCGCUCAAGCACUCAUUCGACGAUCUUAGAGGGCUACUCCCACCUGUUGUCGAUGACGACGACACUGGAGGUCUCAGCGAGGGCAGGCUUGAUCUAAGAUUGGAGAUGAAAGAUAUAGAUUCCGCUCAGAUCAACAAGGGUGUAUCUAAGGUUGUACUUCUCAAACUUGCGAAUGACUAUAUAAGCAUACUUAACCAUCGUAUAUCGCGACGUGACAACGUGAUAGCCGGCCUUCGGAAACAACUGGCUGAAAGUAGGGGCGAGCAAAGCUCAGAUGCCGAAAUGAAGGACUUCUUGAACCAGAUAGACGGUGUCGAACAUGAACUUCAACAGGCAGCCCUUCAAGCUAUGGGAGGUGAAGGUGAACAGAGGAGGAAAAGCGUGAGCGAAUCAGGUAACAACAAGUCUGGAGUUGGCAGGGGGAAGGGCAGGAUAAGAGGUGCUAACAAAGCAGCGAAGCAGUACCUUCAACAGGCGACUCAAGAGACACACCAGAAGUGAUUUCAACUUCAUUAUAGGAUAUUUUCUUUUUUCGUUUUUUUGUUUUGUUAGAAUAUUUUGUUGCAAAUAUACAUGUUUUGGUUCUUAG